AUGUCCAUGAAGGAGGUGGACAAGCAGAUGCUGAACGUCCAGAACAAGAACAGCAGCUACUUCAUGGAGUGGAUCCCCAACUACGUGAAGACCGCCGUGUGUGACAUCCCGCCCCUGGGGCUCAAGAUGUCUGCCACCUACAUCGGCAACAGCACGGCCAUCCAGGAGCUGUUCAAGUGCAUUUCAGAGCAGUUCACGGCCAUGUUCUGGUGCAAGGCCUUCCUGCACUGGUACACUGGCGAGGGCAUGGACGAGAUGGAGUUCACCGAGGCCGAGAGCAACAUGAACGACCUGGUGUCCGAGUACCAGCAGUACCAGGAUGCCACGGCCGAGGAGGAGGUGGCCUAGAGCUGUUACCUGGAGAAGCGCGUGGAAGUGGUGUGAACACUUUAUUCACUCACAAUCUGUUCUCUGUGUGCACUUGCUCUCCUUCCUGUCUUGAUGUCACGUUCCUGUCCAGACGCCGCCAUUAAAGCAUUUUCAUAGU